UUUUUUUUUUUUUGUACAACUUUGUUAAUUAAUCACUGUCCAUGGCGGCUUUGGACAGUUUCCUUUCUUCAAGGGAAGAUUCAUGGUAAGUCAAUAGUCUAUGCGGUCAAUGCACGGCAGAGAAGUCAAAUCCAAUCAACCAGAAAAAAAUCAAUCCGCCAUUAAAACCAACCCGGCAUAUCUUCUUCUUCCUCUGCUAAUCAAAACCUCCCAUUUUCACAACCAACCAAAACAAUUAAAAAAAAAAAAAAAAAAAACCACCAUGUCUUCCAUUUCAGUGUUCCUCUUCUUCAUCUUCUCUGUCUUCCUUCUCUCUAACCCAUCACCAUCUUCUGCUCAGAACAAUCAAUCAUCAUCUUCCUCCUUUUCCUUCUCAGACUCCCCAUGGAGUCCCGCCGACAAGAAAACACUUCUCUCUCCCAACUCCGACUUCGCCGCCGGUUUCCGACAACUACCCACAAGCCCAAACCUCUACACCUUCUCAAUCUGGUACAACAAAAUCCCACAAAACGUCACCGUCGUGGUAUGGUCUGCCAAUCCCAAAUCUCCAGUGGGUAGCUCCGGCGAACUUGUCAUCACCAACUCCGGCGAACUCAUUCUAAGAAAUUCAUCAAGGGGUUUGAAUUUAUUACCAGUAAAUGCUACUGGUGGGAAUUCCAACACCUCCACACUCGUCUUAAACAACGAAGGUAAUCUGGUUUAUGAGAAAUGGCAGAGUUUCAGCUUCCCAACCGAUACAAUCGUCGCGAACCAAGACAUGUCGAAUUCAACCGUGAGAGAUAUUGUCUCGGAGAAUGGGAAAUUCAAAUUCUCCCACUAUAAAGAAUUACUUUUCAACUCCUCUGAUAGUUAUUGGAAAGCUCCCAACCGUUUCGGAACUCUGGAUUCCGAUGGGAAAAUGGAGCAGGAAAAUGGAGGAUCGUUCUUCUGUUCGGAUUUCGGUCCCAAGGCCCUGCGAAGAUUGAGUCUGGACAACGAUGGGAAUCUUAGAAUCUUCAGCUUCGAUAGCAAUACAAAUCAAUGGGUCAUCGUUUGGCAAGCGAUACACGAGCAGUGCAGAGUCCAUGGAACUUGCGGACCCAACGCCAUCUGCAUGAAUGACGGUUCAAAUUCAACCACUUCUUGUACCUGUCCACCUGGGUUCAAACCCAGCGUUGGUGGAACAGUUGAAGUUGAAGGGUGUUCGAUUAAAAUCCCAUUCGACAAAGAACCUCAGAACACCCAAUUUUUAAAGCUCGAUUAUGUCAAUUUCACAGGCGGGACGAACCAGUCCUCGGUGAAAGCCACAAACUACAGCCAAUGCGAAUCCAGGUGCUUCAACAACCCAAAUUGUCAAGGAUUCAUGUUCAAAUAUGACGGACAAGGUUACUGCGUUCUUCAGCUCCAUCGGAUGCUAUACGGAUACUGGUCACCAGGUAGCGAAACCGCCAUGUUCCUCCGCUUGCAUAGAUCCGAAACUGACAAAUCCAACUUCAUCGGCAUGACUGAGUUGCUCGAAACCACAUGCCCAGUUAAGAUAAAGCUUCCACUACCACCAAAAGAAUCCAGCACCACAACCAGAAACAUAGUCAUAAUCUGUACUCUCUUUACGGCAGAGCUCAUAGCUGGUGGGCUUUUCUUCUGGGUCUUCCUCAAAAAGUACAUCAAGUACAGAGACAUGGCUCGGACUUUCGGUCUCGAAUUGCUUCCCGCCGGCGGACCCAAACGGUUUUCUUAUGCAGAGCUCAAAACGGCCACCAAUGGGUUCUCCAAUCUCAUCGGGAAAGGGGGUUUCGGAGACGUUUACAAAGGGGAAUUGCCCGACCACCGUGUCGUCGCCGUGAAGUGUUUGAAGAAUGUCGCCGGAGGAGACGCCGAUUUCUGGGCUGAGGUCACCAUUAUUGCUCGUAUGCACCACCUGAAUUUGGUCCGUCUAUGGGGGUUUUGCGCAGAGAAAGGUCAACGGAUUCUGGUCUACGAGUACGUGCCAAACGGUUCACUGGAUAAAUACCUCUUCCGAAAGGAUCGGUUCGGGGCUCCUAACCCGGGUACGGAAAUGGAUACGGGGACGGAAACGGAUGCUCUCGUCGAUCCAAAUGAAAAACCGAUUCUCGAUUGGAGCAUACGGUAUCGUAUCGCGCUCGGUGUGGCGAGGGCAAUUGCGUACUUGCACGAGGAGUGUUUGGAGUGGGUCCUACAUUGCGAUAUCAAGCCGGAGAAUAUCUUAUUGGGUGACGAUUUUUGCCCCAAAAUAUCGGAUUUCGGGUUGGCCAAGUUGAAGAAGAAAGAAGAUAUAGUGAGCCUUUCGAAUAUACGUGGGACCCGAGGGUACAUGGCACCGGAAUGGGUGAAGAUGGACACGAUCACAUCCAAAGCUGACGUGUACAGCUUUGGGAUGGUUUUGUUGGAGCUGGUUGGUGGGGUCAGGAACAAUCAGGCGCAAGGAUCAUUGAUGACGCACAGUGAGGAUUUUUAUUUUCCUGCUUGGGCAUUUGAUAAGGUAUUUAAGGAAGUAGCGGUGGAAGACAUCUUGGACCUUCGGAUCAAGGAUUGUUAUGAUAGCCGGGCCCAUUUUGAUAUGGUCAAUCGCAUGGUGAAGACCGCGAUGUGGUGCCUGCAAAGUCGACCGGAGAUGAGGCCGUCUAUGGGAAAGGUUGCUAAGAUGAUUGAAGGAACGGUGGAGAUCACCGAACCCAAAAGGCCCACCAUAUUCUUCCUUGCAGAUGAUUAAUGUUUAGUUUCUUUUCCUUUUUUUUUUUUUGGGGGGUAAUUAGAUGAUUAAUGUUUACUUAGUUAAAUUGCAUUUUGAUUUUCAUUUGGUGUAACUUUUUCCAAUAAAGUGUAAAAAAUGAAGUAUCUCUAUUCACAACCACUAUGCAAAAAUUGAUAUUUAACGA